AAUGGGUCCUCUUUUCUGUUUUUCUUUUUGCUUUUGACUUUCCAAUGUGACGAUUUUUUCUCAGAAAUUACAAAGCUUUGAUCUUUACUUGUAAUAUAUAAAAGAAAAGAAUACCCCUUUUUUUUCUCAAGCAAUUUGAUAUUGUGUUAAAAGAUUGUUUGCUGAUCAUUUCUCCUUUCAGGGUUCUUCGUACCUAAAAACCUGUUUCCUAGUGUCAGACCAAGAUGCGUGCACCAUCACUGCUUGCACAAUGCUUGCCAGGCUUGGUGCCCCAAGAUCGAGGAAGCCAAAGCGUGUCCACUGUAUCAGAGAGAGAUGUCCAUCUCCCUUCACCAGCUGUGGAGAUUCUCCCUUCAAAGACAGCUCAUCCUUAUAAGUAUGCUGGGGAUAAUGUAGACUUGCAAGGGCUCAAUGUGUUCAAGGGAAGGGUUAGCGUUGCUGAUAUUAUUGGUUUCACCGGUUCCGAACUGAUAUCCUCAAAACCUGAAGGGUUUCUGAAAUCUUGGGACAGCUCUAUCGAUCUUGUUAACGUCCUUAAGCAUGAGAUUCGUGAUGGACAGUUGAGCUUUAGAGGGAAAAGGGUGCUUGAGCUGGGUUGUGGCUAUGGACUUCCUGGGAUUUUUGCUUGUCUGAAGGGUGCUUGUACAGUGCACUUUCAAGACCUCAGUGCAGAAACUAUUAGAUGUACUACCAUACCAAAUGUUCUUGCAAACCUUGAGCAAGCUCGGGACAGGCAGAGUCGACAGCCUGAGAGUCCUUUGACUCCAUCCAGACAAACACUUGCCCCAACAGUGCACUUCUAUGCUGGGGAUUGGGAAGAACUCCCCACUGUAUUGUCUGUUGUUCGGAAUGAUGUGUCUGAAGUGACUACAGGAAUGAGCUUGAGCUUCUCCGAGGAGGAUUUCAUGGAUGGAUGCAGUAGCCAAGAUGGUAGCAUCAUAGCACAGGAAAUUUCCUCAAGGAGAUCAAGAAAGCUUUCAGGAAGCCGGGCAUGGGAAAGAGCUAGUGAGAUAGAUCAGGGAGAAGGUGGUUAUGAUGUUAUUUUAAUGACAGAAAUUCCAUACUCAGUUUCCUCUUUGAAGAAGUUAUAUGCACUAAUUAAGAAGUGUCUGAGGCCUCCGUAUGGAGUAUUAUACUUGGCAACAAAGAAGAAUUAUGUUGGCUUCAACAAUGCAGCACGGCACCUCAGAAGUCUAGUCGAUGAAGAAGGCAUAUUUGGAGCCCAUUUAAUUAAAGAGGUGGCUGAUCGAGAUAUUUGGAAGUUCUUUCUCAAGUGAAACAAAGUCCAGAACCAUGCAUAAAUGCCUGCUAAACUGAUUACAAGUAUUGUCUUUUUGCUUUUCUGUCCUAUUGGUGUAAUACAUAUAAGAAAUUGUGUUGAUUCUUUUGGUAGUAAUAAUGAAAUUGGGAUCAGAAAGAUUACUGAAGGCUAAUUUUGCUACCAUGUCUGUUGUAUUCUUUUUAUUUUUUUCCCCUAUUUUGUUCCAUUUUAAAUGUAAAUCAAACAGUUAGUUAAUUCAAAGCCUAAGAUUUAAUGUUCUUUGUUA